AUGGCCAAGUCCAAGAACCACACCAUGCGCAACCCACCCCAGAAAUGGCACAGAAACGGCAAUGAGAAACCCCCGGACCUCAAGUUCCCGAGGAGCAUGCGUGUUGCCAAGAAGCGCAACAAGACGGGCCUGAAGAAAACGCAGGCAGCGGAUGCUCUCGUGGAGGCUAUCAGGGCUCUCAGGAAACCCACGGAUCUCAAGGCUCAGAUCCCCAUGGGCGUCCACCGCAAGUUCAGCCGACUGGCCUGCACUGCCCAGCCCGAGCUUGGCAAGGAGGUUCGGGUACGUACUGCCAAGGGUCUGAGGCUCUGCCUGGUCCAAGGCACAAAGCAAGGCUCCAGCUGA